AUGAGCGACCUCUAUCUCGACCCCUCCAUCAGGGACUGGGUCCUCGUGCCCAUCACCCUCAUCAUGCUGCUCGUCGGCAUACUGCGCCACUAUGUCACCCAGCUGCUCAACUCGGCCCCCAAAAAGCAGUCCGCCGCUGCUGUUCGCGAACAACGAGCGCUUGGCCGGUCAGCAAUCCUGAGAGGCACCUCUACCCUCUCUCCCAUACCGCCUGCCGCGUAUAAGGCCCUCUCAGUCUCUCUCGCCGCGGCCCUCUCCUCGGACGAGUACAUCAAGCCAGAGGAUGUCAAGAAGGAAGGCGAUGCUCCGGCCAAUCCUCUUGAAGGUGCGGGUAUGGAAAGCGCUAUGGACGGGAUGAAGAAGCAGGCUGUUAUGAUGGUGCCCAAUAUGGUGCUCAUGCAGUACAUCAACAUGUUCUUCUCUGGCUUUGUGCUAAUGCGAUUACCUUUCCCCUUGACUGCCGGUUUCAAGUCUCUUCUUUCCCGUGAUAUCGCCAUGGCGGAUCUGGACGUGAGAUGGGUCUCCGCUCUCUCUUGGUACUUCCUCAACCUCUUUGGUCUCAACGGCGUGUUCAAGCUCAUCCUCGGAGCUGACAACGCCGCGGUAGACACCCGUGACCUCACUUCCACCGCCUCCCUCUCUGGUGCCGGUGCAGGCCCUAUGGCUGGUCCUGGAGGCACCCCCGAUAUGACCAAAUUGUUCAAGGCCGAGGUGGAGAAUCUGUCGCUCGCAGAGGGGUCGUACAAGUGGGUCGGUGAGGGGAUCGAAGACAGGGUUCUCGCGGGAUGGGGAAAGGUUUAG